AUGAAAAGAGUUGCUACUGUUGGAGCAAAGUUCUACAAGUCCCAUAACAAACUUGUUCAUUCCCCAUCAUCAUCAAGCACAUCCUCUUCCUCAUCAUUUACUUCCUUGAGCGAAUUGGCUGAAUAUCAUGGAGUGUUUGAAUCAGAAAGUCUCGUGAAUCCUUCUUCCACCACCACUCAACAAUCAACCAUCAUUUCUCCGCUUCGGCAUGUCAGUGCCUCGUGUGAUGAUUUAUCCAACAUGUUUGAACAUUUGGCUUUGGAUAAUAAUGAGGAUUGUGAGCUGAGUGCUGUAGUGGUGAAUGAUGACCAAUCCAAUAUGAACACAACACCAGUUCUGAUUGUUGUCGACAAGUUGCAAACCAAUACUACCGUUGACCCCUCUUCCCAAAAUCUCAUUCCUGACACCACCAAAGACUCUUUGACUGCCACUUCUCCUUCCUCUUGUCUCACAACCAUCACAGUGGCCACUGCUGUUGUAGACACUGCUGACACCACCCACAAGGUUGUCAAGUCUACCUCCCCUAAGAUUUUAAAAAAGAAGAAGAGCAAGAUUGCUAUUCCUCCCCAAGCAGAACAUCAUCAAGGUAGAAAGACCAUUGUUUUGGAUUUGGAUGAGACUCUAAUCAAGAGUUUUCAUCAAGAACCUGACACCUUUGAUUUCACAAUUGACAUUGAAUUUCCACAUCUUGGCCAAAUGGUGUCUCAACACGUGUACAUUAAGACUCGCCCUGGACUCAAUCACUUUCUUGAACAACUUCAUGCCCAGUUUGAACUGGUCAUGUUCACUGCUGCCUUGCCAGUCUAUGCCAAUUCCAUUUUAAAACACAUUGACCCUGAAGGAAAAUACUUUUCCCAUGUACUUUACAGACAUCACUGCAAUGGUGCAGGAUCUUUUCCUGGAAAAGAUUUGAGAAUUCUAGGUAGAGACCUUUCCAACACCAUUCUCGUAGAUGAUGGAGUUCUCAACUUUCUUCAACCAAGAAAUGGCCUCCUCAUCAAGUCAUUCAAAGGUGAAGAUGAUGACAAGGUACUCUCAGACAUUGUCUUACCCUUUCUAUUACAACUAAGCGAUCCAUCAAUCUCAGUCUAUGAGAUUGUUGAAAAGUACAGAAACUUUUUGGCCAUUACAUACACAUUUGAGUAUUCCGAUUCCAUCGAAAAGUCGCAUUAUACUCACUACAUUAAUUUAAAUUCACGCCAAGUUGAGCAUCGCCAGUUGUGCAUGUAUUAA